AUGGCUACCUCCCAAGAAAUACGAAACAUCGCACUCAUUGUGGGAAUCGUGACGGGAUGGUUAACCCUUUGUUGUUCGAUAUGGAACUUUCGUCGAUCGCACAAGGCCAAAGCCGCGAUUUCCAAGAUUGACCCAACCAAGUUUGAUGUCAACAAGAAUACCAAGGCAGAAGAGAUCAUAUCAACCAUCCAUGGCAGAUGGGAUGAGCAUUUAAAAGAAAAAGCAACCGAGCGGCUACGGAGGGAGCAAGACAUAUCGCGUGUUCAGAGACGGAAUACUGAGAAUAUUGACCUGGAAGCCGGAAACGCAUUAAACGCCAUUUUGAGUCGCGCGGGAAACGGCCAUGACCAGCCGAUUCCCGACGUGAAAAAUUCCUCAGGCUUUGGUCGGUAUUACCAGGGGCUGAUCCGCGAGGAUAUCGAACAUGACUCGAUGAUGGCAGAGCGUCAUGAAGCGAUCAACUCUCGUCGCAGACCGCAGGCCAAGCAUCUCUACAUUAUUCACAUUGGCUGGACGAAAAAGACAAAGGAUGAAGUGGACGAAGCGUGCUGGGCAGUAGAGGAAAGCUUCGGUCCCUACAGCCUACUGAAGAAUAAUUGCCAGCACUUCGUGCGGCUUCUCGCAAAUGCGAUAGUUGCCGAAAAGUCUCAGGACUGGGACUGGUUUCAAGCUCUGGUCCAACAACGCGGCGACUACGCAGGGCCGGAAGGGUUAGGACCUCCGGCAGGACUGGCAAGGCUUUGGAUCAAGAAACUGGAGGAAUUCAGGAAAACCGGCCAUGGUCACGACCCAACUUUAACGGCAAGCAUCGAGGCGCAAACGAAAGUGCUCAAUGUAUACUUGGCAGGUAUGAUGGGCCAGAUUAACCAGGCGUUCACGACGAUAGGACGCAAUGCGAUGAUGGCGGACCAGGCUGCGGGCGGAGCAGCAAUCGGAUGA